CCACCAGGAGGAGGUUCAUUAAUCAGCAGCAGCCGUGAACGCGCGCGCGCGAGUCCUGAUAGGGGAAUGUUCUGCUGGACGCACGAGCGCUUGUAUUAUUCAUAACAAUAACAAUAAUUGAAGCUAGUAAACUGUAAACGCGGUUUAAACCUGUAUUCAGUGUCGGGACUGUAACCUUCAUCUGUCUGCACCGAGGAAGUAACUUAGAGUUUCGAUUGAAGAUCAGGGAGGAGUCAGGGGCUGGAGUGCUACAAAAACAAGUUCAGUGCUGGCGGAGCUGCAGUAUCCUGCACACACCAUGUCCUCCGAGGCCUCAUCCCCAGUGCGGGCGGCUCCAUCCACAACCCCUCCACUGUCCCCUACUUCUCCUGUCUCACCUAGCUCCCUGCGCCUGCCCCCGUGCCGCCAGCGACCCCGCUCACCCUCGCCCAUGAGGGGGUACCUGAUCCCCAGCCCGCUGCCCACCCGCCGCAACCGCACCAUCUCUGCGACUGCGCGGGCAGCCGAGGGUCCGGUCUUCAGCGGGGUCUGCAAGUGCUUCUCCCGGUCCAAAGGUCACGGCUUCCUCACGCCGUCGGAUGGAGGCGCUGACAUCUUCGUGCAUAUCUCAGAUAUCGAGGGAGAGUAUGUUCCAGUAGAAGGGGAUGAGGUGAGCUAUAAAAUCUGCUCCAUUCCACCCAAACACGAGAAGGUUCAAGCUGUGGAAGUGACCAUAACUCACCUGGCCCCUGGCACUAAGCACGAGACGUGGUCAGGAAUAGUGAUCGACUCCUGAACAAAGAUACCUGCGCUCAUUUUUGUCCCUUUGCUGAAAUGGGUGGGAGAAAAACGGUGCUGGAUGACGGCGGGGUGUGAGAUUGCAGUGUGACAGCUGAUGGCAGGUGGAAGACGGUGUUUAUCCUGAUUUUUUUUUUUUGUGAUGUUUCCAAUAUCAUUACCUUUUUUUUUUCUUUUGAAAAAGGAGAAAUCUUUGCUGACCGAUUUGCUUACACUAACCGUUUGUAGUUCUGUAUCAUUGGUUUUGUUUAUUAACUGUUUAGGUGGCUUACAGAGGAAAAAAAUAAUAAAACCUGAAUUCAUAUCUA